AUGAAGUCAUCCCCAAAUAAACAGACGACCCUUCAGUUGUCUGACGGCCAGGUUCCAACACAAAACUGCAAGAGUACCUUACUCGAAAGAAGUGGGCCAGAUACCUGGGUCCCUGAUGCCGGACGACAUCAGAUCCCAGCACACGCCUACUCUAUCUAUAUAUCAACUCUAUAUCUCUCACAUACCAUACAACAGAAAUUAGCCAGAAUGUCUGAUCACGACAACAAUCUAAAAAUCGCCCACGAGGCAGAGAAUGAUCUGAACACAUACCAGGCAAAGCAGGGUCUUGGUCGUAAGAGCGAUUCCACCGUCGAGUCUGGUGUGAACGCAAUGGUCGACAGGAAGUUCGGGGAUACCGGCAUCAAGAUUGGCAGAGAAGCUGGCGCUUCCAGCAGCGAUCGUAAACCCAUUCCCGAAGAUGAGGGUGGCAGUCGGGAUGACCGUGGCAGAAUCUCAAAGGCAGGGCAGUUCCAGGGGUCUGGUGGGCCAGAGGAUAAGGUGAAGAUAGAGUCUCAACGUCGUCCUGGUGACGAUGAUGUUCUGAACUUCCAAGAAAUGAAGCGCGAAGGGCUUGUUCGGAAAAUUCACUGA